GAGGCUCACACCGGAACCACCAUGAAGGCUUUCAUUCUUUUGGCUCUGUUCGCAGUGGCAUAUGCCGCUCCCAUCGAGGACGACAAGAUCGUUGGAGGCUAUGAGUGCAGGAAGAACUCUGUGCCCUACCAGGCCUCUCUGAACGUUGGCUACCACUUCUGUGGAGGCUCCCUGAUCUCCAGCUCCUGGGUGGUGUCUGCUGCUCAUUGCUACCAGUCUCGCAUCCAGGUGCGUCUUGGUGAGCACAACAUUGCUGUCAAUGAGGGCACCGAGCAGUUCAUCGACUCUUCUAAGGUCAUCCGUCACUCCCGCUACAACAGCUACACCCUGGACAACGACAUCAUGCUGAUCAAGCUGAGCAAACCCGCCACCCUCAACAGCUACGUCCGCACCGUGUCCCUGCCCUCCAGCUGCGCCGGCGCCGGCACCAACUGUCUGAUCUCUGGAUGGGGCAACAUGAGCGCCUCUGGAAGCAACUACCCUGAUCGUCUGAUGUGCCUGAAUGCCCCCAUCCUGAGCGACAGCAGCUGUACUUCCUCCUACCCUGGACAGAUCACCUCCAACAUGUUCUGUGCUGGAUUCCUGGAGGGAGGCAAGGACUCCUGCCAGGGUGACUCUGGUGGCCCCGUGGUGUGCAACGGUCAGCUGCAGGGUGUGGUGUCCUGGGGUUACGGAUGCGCUCAGAGGAACCUGCCUGGAGUCUACGCCAAGGUCUGCAAGUACAACUCCUGGAUCAGCAGCACCAUGUCCUCCAACUAAAUGUGCAGUGUGUCCCCUGUAUUAAGUUCAUGAAAAUUGUCCAUUAAAGCAUCAAUGAUACAGAGCCCAGUACCACAGUACACACUGUGAAGUUGAGUGAAAUAAAAUUAUUUCAAACAAUAAGUCA